UCCCCGCAACACCACGAGCUGACCUCGCUCUUCGAGUGCCCGGUCUGUUUCGACUAUGUCCUGCCCCCCAUCCUGCAGUGCCAGGCCGGGCACCUGGUGUGUAACCAAUGCCGCCAGAAGUUGAGCUGCUGCCCGACGUGCAGGGGCGCCCUGACGCCCAGUAUCAGGAACCUUGCUAUGGAGAAGGUGGCCUCGGCGGUCCUGUUUCCCUGCAAGUACGCCACCACGGGCUGCUCGCUGACCCUGCACCACACGGAGAAGCCAGAGCACGAAGACAUCUGCGAAUACCGUCCCUACUCCUGCCCCUGCCCCGGCGCCUCCUGCAAGUGGCAGGGAUCCCUGGAAGCCGUGAUGUCCCAUCUCAUGCACGCCCACAAGAGCAUCACCACCCUUCAGGGAGAAGACAUCGUCUUCCUGGCGACGGACAUCAACCUGCCGGGCGCCGUGGACUGGGUGAUGAUGCAGUCCUGCUUCGGCCACCACUUCAUGCUGGUGCUGGAGAAGCAGGAGAAGUACGAGGGCCACCAGCAGUUCUUCGCCAUCGUGCUGCUCAUCGGCACCCGCAAGCAGGCCGAGAGCUUCGCCUACAGGCUGGAGCUGAACGGGAACCGGCGGCGGCUGACCUGGGAGGCCACGCCGCGCUCCAUCCACGACGGCGUGGCCACGGCCAUCAUGAACAGCGACUGCCUGGUGUUCGACACGGCCAUCGCCCACCUUUUCGCGGACAACGGGAACCUUGGAAUCAACGUGACUAUUUCAACGUGUUGUCCGUGAUGCACCGAAAUUAUUUGGGCACAGUGCUCUGUGGUUAAUAAAGGAUUUUAUGGAUGUUUUAUUCACGAUGUCUUCACAAGUCAAGGUCCCCAGUUACCCCGUGUGUUCUGUCUGAGCAGCAGCUUCCCAUCUGGCACUGGCCCAGCAGAGUUCACUAAACUGGGAUGAAUGCCGUUGGCCUGUGGGUCAUUUGGAGGCUGUUCUGUAACCUGAUUAUUAAAUGUUGCUUCCCGAACAGCCCUUGACCGGUUGCACAGGGCUCCUGUAGACCAGUACGUUAGGAAUGGGACGCUUCUUCCUAACCCCCUUCCUAUAUUGGUCCCUCCAAAUUGACAAAGCACAGUGACUGUCAGAAGAUUACUUUUAUCUUGUGUUUAGGGGGUAGGAAUUGUUUUAAUGCAUUUUAAACAGUGUUUCUCAAACUGGAAAGCUAAUCAGUACGCACAGAGUCACCUGGAAUACUCCUCUUGGACGUGCAGAUUUGGGGAGCCUGUGAAUUUAACAGGCUCUUUUCAACAGUCAAGUUUGAGAAUUACUGGGUUAAAUUGUGGGAAAGGGUCCAGAUUUUAAAGGUGCUUAAAGAUUGCCCUCUACUGAUACUGUUUUUCUACAAUUUCAUCCCCCAACAGCCUCCCACACCCAAAUUAAAACUAGAACUACAGGUCCCCAAGAACACACUCUUAAGAGUUGAUCUGUCUUGUGUCUGGGGUAGAUUACCUAGGAAAGCGAGUCGUUUGGCCAUUGAGAGUCCUCACGUAAUUAGUUUUGGCUCAUCACUAGUACCGGGGACCUGUUUACAUGAGGCUUCCCUCAGAGGCCCUCCUUGACCAUAGAUGGUGGGAAAGACUAGGUCGGUAGAGUGGGAAAAGCUUUAUAACCAGUGUCAUAUGCUUGCUAUUUAAAGGUAUGUCUUGGGGUUUUUUUGUUUUUUUGCCACAUUCACUUUAGUUUUUUAAUAAAUAUUUUCCAAAACUGAA